AAAGCCCAUUUGAUGAACAGAUGUGCAUGCAGUUUUGACCACACACAAAAGAUGUAAAGGCGGAUCAGUGAGCAGUGACACUGAGCGACCUGUGCAUCCACGAGAGCUCCCUGCCCUUCUUCAGCAUGAAUGGGGAUAUGCCUCAUGUUCCUAUCACCACUCUCGCUGGGAUCGCAAGCCUCACUGACCUGUUAAAUCAGCUGCCACUCCCUUCCCCUCUCCCUGCCACCACCACUAAGAGCCUGCUGUAUAAUGGGAGGAUCGCAGAGGAGGUCAGCUGUCUGCUGUCCCUGCGGGACGACAACCUUGUGUCCCAGUUGGCCCACAGCCUCAACCAGGUGUCCACCGAACACAUAGAGUUGAAGGACAACUUGGGUAGCGAUGACCCGGAAGGUGAUGUGCCUCUACUACUGCAGACGGUGCUGUCCAGGAACCCCAAUGUCUUCAGGGAGAAAAGUACGCCCACCCGAUACGGGGUUCAGGGCGGUUUAAUGCAACAGCCAAUGAUCACUUCAUACAAGAUGCCUCAGAACUCCAUACAUGGAAGUCCGGCGUCAAACUACCAGCAAACCACUAUAACUCCAAGCCCUCCCAGCCGAUAUGUUCAACCUCAGACGGGGUCUGGUACCAGGUACAUGCCCCAGCAGAACAGCCCGGUGCCCAGCCCAUAUGCUCCUCAGAGCCCUGCAGGCUACAUGCAGUACAGCCACCCACCCAGCUACUCUCAACAUCAACAGAUCCAGCAAGUGUCUGUGUCCAGUCCAAUCGUUCCUGGUGCCAUGAGAAACAUCCAUGACAACAAGGUGUCUGGUCAAGUGUCGGGUAACUCUAAUCAUAACGCAAGACAUUGCUCCAGUGACGAAUACAUCGGAAUCGUCCAGAGACUUGGAAAUGAUGAGAGUGACGCCACGAUGAGAAACUCCUCCUUUCCCGUUCGCUCCGUCUGCUCUCCUGCUGGAAGUGAAGGGACUCCGAAAGUCGGCCCUCGACCACCCCUCAUUCUCCAGUCUCCACCACCCUACGCCUCCCCAAGAGAUGCUGCUCCUGACCUUCUCUUGGACUCCCCUGAGCGGAAAAAGAAGCAAAAAAAAUUAAUGAAAGAGGAGGGGGGUAAAGGUGCUAUGUAUGACAUUGUCAGCUCUCCCACUAAAGACUCCACAAAGCUGACAAUAAAAUUGUCUCGCGUAAAGUCCUCAGAGACGGAGCAGUCUGCAGAGCCAUUGUCGGUAGUGGAGCAUGGCUCAGCUGCUGAGAAUGAGCUAUCUUGCAACAGCUUGCUGUACCACAGGAACCCCCAGGAGCGGCUGGCCACAGGCCAGGGUCUCCCAGGGGAGCAGUCGGGCUACCAGCAGGUUCCUGUACUACAGAACACUGGGGCAAUUGCGGCAAAGCAGCCCGGAGUAGUCAGCGGAACCCCAUAUGAUGAAGCAGAGUUGGACGCUCUGGCUGAGAUUGAAAGGAUUGAGAGGGAAUCUGCCAUAGAAAGAGAACGCUGCUCUAAAGAAGUUCAGGAUAAAGACAAGCCUCUGAAGAAGAGAAAGCAGGAUUCAUACCCGCAGGAACCAGGGGCUGCGGGCACCGCUGGGGCUGCUGGAACACCGGGUGUGGGCGGUGGAUGCAAUGCUGUGAACAAACUGGUACCUCAAGAGGCUUGUGCUGCUAGCAAUGCAGCCAGCCGUCCGGCCCUGAUGGUCAGUAUUGACCUGCAACAGGCAGGCAGAUUAGAAGGGCCACUAGACUCCUGUCCUGUUCCUGCAACGGAGGCCCAGCGCUGGCCGGAAGAUGGCCCUCAAUCCACAGGGGUCAUGCGGCUCAAAUCGAAGACAGAUAGAGAAGUGCAGGCAACAGUGGACGGUCGGCCAGAGGUCAUCAAACAACGAGUGGAAACGCCACAGAAAACUGCUUCAGUUGGACGGCCUGAGACACCCAAACACAAGCAUGAAAACCGUAGAGAGAUCUCCAACAAAGUGAGUUCAGAAAAGAGAUUGGAUGUCUCCAAGCACAGACAUGAUGGAAAGCCUGACAAAGUGAGGUCUGAGGGAAAAAGUCACGAAACUUCUCGAAAACAUGACGGGCGAUCGGAGUCAAGUCGAGAUGCCAAAGAGGAACGUCAUAGAGAUCGGGACAGUGAAAGCUCAAAAAUUCGCAGAUUAGACUCAUCCAGAUCUUCCAGUCAGGUGGAGCAAGGCAGAGACAAAGAAGGUGACAACGAGCGGGACACGGAGAAAGAACGGGAAAGGAAUCGAGACAAGGAAGGCCAAAAGGAUCUGGACAAGGAAGAGCAAAAGGAUCUGGACAAGGAAGAGCAAAAGGAUCUGGACAAGGAAGAGCAAAAGGAUCGGGACAAGGAAGGGGAAAAGGAUCGGGACAAGGAAGGGGCAAAAGAUCUGGACAAGGAAGGGGCAAAAGAUCUGGACAAGGAAGGGGCAAAAGAUCUGGACAAGGUACGGGCAAAAGAUCUGGACAAGGUACGGGCAAAAGAUCGUGACAAGGAACGGGGCAAAAAUCGUGACAAGGAACGGGGCAAAAAUCGUGACAAGGAACGGGGCAAAAAUCGUGACAAGGAACGGGCAAAAAUCCACAAGGAACGGGAAAAAACUCCGAACAAGGAACGGGAAAAAGAUCGGGUCAAAGAACGGGAAAAAGAUCGGGUCAAAGAACGGGAAAAAGAUCGGGUCAAAGAACGGGAAAAAGAUCAAGACAAGGAACGGGGAAAUGAUCGGGUCAAAGAACGGGGAAAAGAUCGGGUCAAAGAACGGGAAAAAGAUCGGGUCAAAGAACGGGAAAAAGAUCAAGACAAGGAAUGGGGAAAAGAUCGGGACAAAGAACAAGAAAAAGAUCGGGAUCCGGUAAAAGUUCGGGACAAGGAUCGGAACAGAGAAAGGAAGCGCCACACGGAAACGACAGAGCACCGGGACAAGCAAUCUCCUGAGCAACGUUUGCGGACUGACAGUCCACGGGUGAAGCAGGAACCACGUGAAGGAGCAGAAUCCAGAACAAAAUUGGAACGACCAGUCCACAAAACUCCAAACAACAAAGACGAGAAGCACAGUGGAGAUAUCAAGAACAGGCUGGAUGGACACAAGCCACCAUCUUCAGACACUAAGACAGCAGACUUUCCCAAAUACCUGCUGGGAGGCAAAUCGAGUGCGUUGAAGAACUUUGUCAUUCCCAAACUGAAACGGGACAAAGAUGGAAACGUGUUAUCAGAAGCCCGAUGUUCUCUUGAGGGAUUUCCUGAGCCACUUGUGAAAUUAGAAAAACUGAACCUGAUUGAAGACCUAAAUAGGGGCACUAAACCUGUUGUGGUUCUGCAGAAACUUUCCAUUGAUGAAGUCCGGAGGAUUAUCAGUAAUUCGCGCAGCUCAAAAUCGGGCAAGAUCAAGUCUUUUGGAAGAUUAUUCGAGAUUGACUCCAGUUUGCCACUAUGUGAGCGGGUGAAAGUGAAUAAACGCAGGCGCAGCUCCACUAAUGAUAAACCCAAGUAUGCAGAUGACAGCUCAAAUGAUGACAGUGACUCUGUUGAAUUUGCCCCGAAACGUUCGAAAAAGGACAGAGACAAAGUGUGGCAAUAUGAAGAAAAGGCUCGGAGGGGUUCUGGUGAUCAGCGGCGGAGUAGUGGUCACCACGACAGUCGGAGAGGUUCAGGCAGUCGAUACAGAGAACCCAGUUCUGAAGACUCUGACAAAGAUUCACCCCCUCCAAGCCUGAGUGACCUUGCCAGAAAAUUGAAGAAGGAAAAGGUGAAAAAGAGGAAAGCUUAUGAGCCCAAACUAACUCGGGAUGAAAUGAUGGACUCCUCUACAUUCAAGAGAUUUUCCACCAGUGUCGACAACAUUCUUGAAAACCUAGAAGAUGUGGACUUGACAGUGGAUGAUGAUGAGAUCCCUCAGGAGCUGCUGUUGGGAAAACACCAGCUCUCAGAAUUAAGCAGUGAAUCAGCCAAAAUAAAGGCCAUGGGCAUCAUGCAUAAGAUUCCUUCUGAUAAGUUGGUGAAGGUACAGGGUAUUUUGGAAAAAAACAUUCAGGAUGGUGCAAAGCUCUCCACACUCCUGAAUCAUGGCAACGACAGGGAAGACGAGGAGCGUUUGUGGCGUGACCUCAUCAUGGAACGUGUCACCAAAUCUGCUGAUGCUUGUCUAAUGGCUCUUAACAUCAUGACCUCAGCACGAAUGCCCAAGGCCGUUUACAUUGAGGAUGUUAUUGAGAGGGUCUUGCAGUAUUCCAAGUUUCAUCUGCAGAACACACUGUACCCGCAGUACGACCCUGUCUACAGGGUGAACCCUCAUGGAGGUGGAACACUAAGCUCGAAAUCCAAACGAGCAAAAUGCUCAACGCACAAGCAGAGAGUUACUGUCAUGCUCUACAAUAAAGUUUGUGAUGUUAUCAGUAACCUGUCCGAACUCCUGGACAUUCAGCUGAUGACUGACACGACCAUCCUUCAGGUUUCGUCUCUGGGCAUCACUCCAUUCUUUGUAGAGAAUGUGAGCGAGCUGCAGCUUUGUGCCAUUAAUUUAGUUACGGCUGUGUUCUCCAGGUACGAGAAGCACCGGCAGUUGAUCCUGGAGGAGAUCUUUACCUCUCUCGCCAGACUGCCCACCAGCAAGAGAAACUUGAGGAACUACAGACUGAACAGCAGUGAUGUGGACGGGGAGCCCUUAUAUAUUCAGAUGGUGACAGCUCUGGUUCUGCAGCUCAUUCAGUGUGUGGUUCAUCUGCCUUCUGAUAAAGACACAGAUGAUGAGAAUGACAGGAAGGUUGAUCAGGAUGUCCUAAUCACAAACUCCUAUGAGACUGCAAUGAGAACAGCACAAAACUUCCUUUCCGUUUUCCUCAAAAAAUGUGGCAGUAAGCAGGGUGAGGAUGACUACAGGCCGCUGUUUGAGAACUUUAUCCAAGACCUUCUGUCCACGGUUAAUAAACCCGAUUGGCCAGCUGCUGAAUUGCUAUUGAGCCUUCUGGGAAGGUUACUGGUUCACCAGUUCAGUAAUAAGCAGACCGAGAUGGCUCUGAGAGUGGCAUCUUUGGAUUAUCUGGGCACAGUGGCUGCCCGCCUUCGCAAGGACGCAGUCACCAGCAAAAUGGACCAGCGUUCCAUAGACCGCAUUCUUGGAGAGAGCUCUGGCAGUGAUGAGGUUCAGCAGCUGCAGAAGGCUCUGUUGAGUUACCUUGAUGAUAAUGUGGAGACAGAUCCAUCUCUAUUGUUUGCGCGGAAUUUCUACAUUGCUCAGUGGUUCAGGGACACCAGCACGGAGACAGAGAAAGCCAUGAAAUCGCAGAGGGAUGAUGACUCAUCUGACGGGGCACACCACGCCAAGGACAUCGAGACCACUAGUGAGAUCUUGCAGAAAGCCGAAGCACGCAAGAAGUUCCUUCGGUCUGUUAUCAAGACCAUGCCAUCAAAGUUCAGCAGUCUGAGAGCAAACUCUGAUACUGUGGACUACGAGGACUCGUGUCUUAUUGUGCGAUAUCUGGCCUCCAUGAGGCCGUUUGCGCAGAGCUUUGAUAUUUAUCUCACACAGAUCUUGAGAGUUCUUGGUGAAAGUGCCAUCGCAGUCAGAACAAAAGCGAUGAAGUGUCUUUCAGAAGUGGUUGCAGUGGAUCCAAGCAUUCUUGCUAGGCUGGACAUGCAGCGGGGUGUUCACGGCCGUCUGAUGGAUAAUUCCACCAGUGUGAGAGAAGCUGCAGUGGAGCUGCUGGGCCGGUUUGUACUAAGUCGCCCACAGCUAACAGAACAGUACUAUGACAUGCUGAUCGAGCGGAUCCUGGACACAGGCAUCAGUGUGAGGAAAAGGGUUAUUAAAAUCCUUCGAGACAUCUGUCUGGAGCAGCCCACCUUCAACAAGGUCACAGAGAUGUGUGUAAAGAUGAUCAGGAGAGUCAAUGAUGAGGAAGGCAUCAAGAAAUUGGUGAAUGAGACAUUUCAGAAGCUGUGGUUCACCCCUACACCCAAGCAUGAUAAAGAGGCCAUGACUCGCAAGAUUCUCAACAUCACAGAUGUGGUCUCUGCAUGCAGGGAUUCUGGUUACGAUUGGUUUGAGCAGCUACUUCAGAACUUGCUGAAAUCAGAGGAGGAUGCCUCAUACAAACCGGCCAGGAAGGCUUGUGCUCAACUUGUGGACAGUCUAGUGGAGCACAUUCUCAAGUACGAGGAGUCUCUCGCCGAAUGUGAAAAUAAGGGAGUGACCUCAAAUUGCCUUGUGGCCUGUAUCACCACACUGUACCUGUUCAGUAAGAUUAGACCCCAGUUGAUGGUGAAACACGCCAUAACUAUGCAGCCCUACCUGACCACCAAGUGUAACACUCAGAGUGAUUUCAUGGUGAUCUGUAAUGUGGCUAAAAUCUUGGAGCUUGUUGUUCCUCUGAUGGACCAUCCGAGUGAAAACUUCCUCACCACGAUUGAAGAAGACCUGAUGAAACUCAUCAUCAAAUACGGGAUGACGGUUGUACAGCACUGUGUGAGCUGUCUUGGCGCAGUGGUCAACAAGGUCACCCAAAACUACAAGUUUGUCUGGGCUUGUUUUAACAGAUACUACGGGGCAUUGAACAAACUGAAGAUGCAGCAUCAGGAAGACUCGAGCAACACUGUGCUUGUUUCUAAUAAGCCCGCACUUCUGCGGUCACUCUUUACUGUGGGUGCCUUGUGCCGACAUUUCGAUUUUGACCAAGAGGAGUUUAAAGGCACAAAUAAGGUGAUCAUAAAAGACAAAGUGCUUGAGCUGCUGCUGUGUUUCACUAAAAAUGAGGAUGAGGAGGUGCAGACCAAAGCAAUCAUUGGUUUAGGGUUCCUGUUUAUCCAGCACCCAGAACUGAUGUUUGCUACAGAUGUGAAAAACCUCUACAACGGCCUCCUGGCAGACAGUAAGACAACAGUGAACCUGAAGAUCCAGGUGCUAAAGAACCUGCAGUCCUACCUGCAGGAGGAGGACUCACGCAUGCAGGAAGCUGAUAGGGAGUGGAAGAAGACGGCCAAGGAGGAGGAUCUGAAGGAGAUGGGUGAUAUCUCCUCUGGCAUGAGCAGUUCUAUCAUGCAGCUCUACCUCAAGCAGGUGCUGGAGUCCUUUUUCCACACACAGUCUAGCGUACGACACUUCGCCUUAAAUGUAAUCGCCCUGACUCUCAACCAAGGCCUCAUUCACCCUGUACAGUGCGUUCCAUAUCUUAUCGCCAUGGGAACAGACUCAGAGCCCACAAUGAGGAAUAAAUCCGAUCAACAGCUAGUGGAGAUUGAUAAGAAAUACACCGGAUUCAUUCAUAUGAAGGCUGUGGCAGGGAUGAAGAUGUCCUAUCAGGUGCAGCAGGCCAUCAUGGGUUCACAGCCCUCUGUCAUCAGGGGGUUCCGACAGGAUGAGACAAAUACGGCUCUUUGCUCGCACCUCUACUCCAUGGUGCGUGGGAACCGGCAACACCGCAGAGCUUUCCUCAUCUCGCUGCUCAAUCUGUUUGAUGACAGUUCGAAGUCGGACGUAAACAUGCUCUUGUACGUAGCAGACAAUCUUGCCUGCUUUCCUUAUCAGAGUCAGGAGGAGCCGCUGUUCAUUAUGCAUCAUGUCGACAUUACGCUGUCUGUGUCCGGCAGCAACCUGCUGCAGUCUUUUAAAGAGUCUUUGCUGAAAGAGCCAAGACAACUAGAAAAGAAGAAAAAGAGAGCGAAAAAAUAUGGCUCUGAGGAAGAUGAAGAUGAUGAGGACUGUAGCAGAGAAAGCAGCAGUGGUAGUGACAGCAGUGAUGAGGUCAUCCGGCGGCCCAAGAAAUCUAAGCGAGCUGCUGCCGUGGACUCUGACUCUGACUCAGACCUGGACUUGGAGGAUGUGGACAAGGUGAUGCUGCGUCUCCCUGACAAUCCUGAACCAUUGCUGGACUUUUCCAAUGCCUCUCAGGGCAUCCUGCUGCUCCUUAUGCUGAAGCAGCAUCUUAAGAACCUCUAUGGAUUCUCUGAUAGUAAAAUUCUGAAGUACUCACCUACAGAAUCUGCAAAGAUUUAUGACAAGGCUGUAAACAGGAAAGCCAAUGUGCAUUUCAACCCACGCCAGACACUGGACUACCUGACGAACAACCAGUCCGAUGCAGAUAUUACUUAUGAUGUCAAGAGAAGGAUUGUCAGACAGUAUUUAGAUUUUAAGGUACUGAUGGAGCACUUGGACCCAAAUGAGGAGGAUGAAGAGGGGGAAGCUUCAGCCAACACCCACGCAAGAAAUAAAGCCAUCACUGCUCUACUAGGAGGCUCCAGCCCCAAGAAUAAUGCUGCUGAUUCAUACGAUGACGACAGUGAUGUUGAUGAAAAGGCCCAUGGGUCAUCACGGCGAUCCAGAAAAGGUGGAGAUUCCGAGGCAUCAGGUCACAUGAACGAAAAGGUAGAAGUCAAGGAUGUCAUCGCUAUCUGCUGUCCUAAGUACAAAGAUCGGCCGCAGAUUGCACGUGUUAUUCAGAAGACAAGCUCAGGCUACAGAGUUCGUUGGAUGGCCGGCUCUUACUCGGGCACCUGGGCGGAGGCCAAGAAACGAGACGGACGUAAACUUGUGCCUUGGGUGGAAACUAUAAAAGAGUCGGACAUUAUUUACAAGAAAAUUGCCUUCUCAAGUGCGCACAAACUGACCAACAAAGUAGUGCAGACUUUACGUUCACUGUACGCAGCCAAGGAAGGAACUUCCAGCUAAUUAAACCUGUUAUAACUCUCGAACUGUGUUACGCCUGAUGAACUCUCGGCAGCCAAACUUCUUCAGGAUUCAACAUUUUGUAAACUCUAAGUUGGAGUGAGAAGAGUACUACAGACUCGCCAAUUUUAAGAUCCCAAUGUGGAACUGGUCAAUUUAAGGAAAGAAGAUUUUAAACGUGUGGUCUGUUUUGGAAUUGUAGAUGUGAAUCCUGUACAUCUUUUAAGUUAAACAGAAAAGAAAGGUUUGGGAGCUCCUUCGCUGUUGUGCAGCAACUUGGUUGUUUUGAAUUUUUUUCCCCCCACUGUAUCAUAGUUUAACAAAAAAAAAAAACGAAACGAAAAAUGUUUAUAUAUCUGACACAAAAAAAAAUCUGUUUAAAGAAAUAAACCUAAAGUGAAUGUUGGAAAUUAGUCUGUUGAUGUUCUUAAUAAAGUGACCUUGGAGUUUAACCUAGACCGGAUGGAUUUCUUUAGCUUAGCUCAGUUUCCAGGGAAAUAAACAUCUCCUCUGCUUUAUGUUCUA